AUGGAUCCCAUCGAUGAGACAAAGUUUUUCUUUCGUUUUGGCUCCUUCCUACUUACGGACUGCGUCACAGCAAUUAGCAAGGAGAUGCGAAUGUGGCUCACACGAGCUAUUGGAAUUCGGAUAUGCGAGAGUUUUUUAGCUUUUGGGCUCAUGAACUCGCUAACAUUAUCACAUGAGCUGUAUCUCCCCACGGAAUCGGCGUGCCGACACAAUCUUUUACAUGAAAGUGGCUUCGGAUGCAAGUGCGAACGCAAUAGCGAGAUGGGCCAUCAAAUAUCGAAGGCGACGGAAUCACUGUGGGCUGAAGUUUGCCAUGUGGAGGUGAGCGUUCACGCAGCAAUGUCUGCACUGUGGACGGAAUCCGCUAGGCUCCAGGCAGUGAAUCAACGUCUUCGUGACGAAAUUCAUCAACAUCAGAGUGUUAUGGCUCAAAGUGAUUCGACUCUUGGGCUUCAACGUCGCGUUCACCUUCGUUCAAGAUCUCGGUCACCGGAAUAUGAUCAACCUCGGUCGUCCAAUCCGUACGAUAAGAAGAAUCACAAAGGUAUCGCUUGA